GCUAGCGGUACUUUCGGACUGCACGUAGCGAUGCAGCACAUGCCGUUGUCGGAGUUAAGUUAUCACCUUACGCGGGAUCCGCUAUCAUACAGAACAGACGUAAGAUAAAAAAUCACAUAAUUUUCUUCAGUUUGAGGAACAACUCGAAAACUUUAGCACACUAAAACAGUCAUUUUCUUCUGCCCCUUCUCAAUAUAUAAGUAGACUAGAGGAACUUUUGUCAUUCUUAUCUCAAGUUGUAAGGUAUUAUCCUGAACAUGUUGCAGAGUUUACUACCAGUGUUAUUCAAAUACUGUUGUCGCGUUCAUUUGGUAUGCACCCUGAAAUGCGUAUGGCUUUUUUAAGAGCAUUCAUGAGACUUCGAACUAAAAACUUGAUUCCAGCUACACAAGCAGUUGAUAUCGCAUUCAAGUUGUAUAGAUGUAGAGAUAAACAGGUUCGAAAAACGUUGCGUCACUUCCUCGUAAGUGACAUAAAACGAAUGAAUAAAUGUCAAAAACAGACAAAAGCUAAUGCUGUCAUAUUGUCGUUUCUUUCGAAGAUGAUCAAAGAUAACAGUUCAACUGUUGCUCGUGAAGCUGUCCUAAUUUUACUGUGCUUGUUCAAGAAAAAUGUGUGGAAUGAUGCGCGGACUGCCAACGUCAUUGCGGACUCGUGUCUAAUAUGCAACAAGAAAGUUUAUGUUCCUGCUAUUCAAUUUUUCUUAGGAAAGUCAAAGGCCCUUGACGAGAUGGAAACAAGCAGUGACUCAGGAUCAGAUGAUGAAGAGACCAAAAUAAAACAAUUACGAUUGGGACAUCGGGUUGGUGUUAAGACAAAAAAUCGACAGAAACGUCUUGAACGGUCAAUAAAACAUGUAAAUAAAGAAAAAGAACGUAAAAUCAGAAAGCGUGCAGAAUUGACUAAUUUCCAUGCUUUAAAUAUGCUACAUGAUCCACAAACAUUUGCUGAAAAACUUUUCCGAAAAUUGGAACGAUGCUCAGAUCGCUUUGAAAUUCGUCUCUUAAUUCUCGAUCUGAUAAGCAGAUUAAUUGGAUUAAAUAAAUUAGUUCUUCUUAAUUUCUACCCAUUUAUUCAGCGUUUUUUACGUCCACAACAAAGAGACGUGACUCAUUUAUUACUGUUCUCAGCACAGGCUAGCCAUGAUCAAGUUCCACCUGAUGUAAUGGAACCCUUAGUACGAGUAAUCGCUGAUAAUUUUAUUACAGAACGUGCGUCAUCUGAAGCAAUAGCGAUUGGAUUAAACUCAGUACGUGAGAUAUGUUUACGUUGUCCUUAUGCAGUCACGAAAGAUUUAUUAUCUGAUUUAAUUCAGUAUCGAUCAUAUCGAAAUAAAAAUGUGGUCGCUGCAGCACGAUCAAUUAUACGCCUUUAUCGACAAAUAAAUCCUGAAUUAUUACCACGUAAAGAAUGCGGACGUCUAACAGAAUCACAAUUAGACGUAUUAAAAUAUGAUAUACCUCAAAAUGUUGCAAUUAAUUAUGGUCAAUGUACUACAUCUUCAACUAUUCCUGGAGCUGAAAUAGUUGUUUUGGCUUCAGAGAAAUUGAAUGUUAAAAAGAAAGAAUCCUCUGAAAAAUCUAAUAAAAGUUUAGAUGAUUCAGAGAAAUGCUUAAAUAAUGAAGAAAAUGAUUCAUGGGAAUCGUGUUCUGAGGUUCAAGAGUCCGAGGAUAAAACAUGUCAUGACAGUCAAACAGAUGAAUCAGAUGACGAAUGGGUAAAUUUACCCAAUUCUUCAGAAGAAGAUGAUGAACAAGAUAAUGUUGAUAUGGAAAUAGAUGAAUCUAAUAUGAAUGUCCCUUCAAAGAAAACUAAAAUAGAUCCAAGUGUUUUGAAAGAAAAAGCUUUAGAGAUAGCAUCAUCACGUAUAUUUACUCAAGAGGAAUUUGAAGCAAUGCGUAAAUAUCAACAAACAAAACAGAAACGUUUUGCAUCCUACAGUUCUUUACGAAAUAAAGAUAAAAUCGAUAAUUCUGAUUCAUAUUUUAUUGUGGAUACUGAUGAUGAAGAUGGUGAAAACACUGGUGUUGGUAUUCAAAAUAAAGAUGGUAGUUUAGGAAAUCUUGUUAGUAUGAGUGCAAUUACACGUCUAGUAAAACGUCCACAUCAAACAAAAGCUGAUCGAAUGGAAUCUAUUGAAGAAGGUCGUAUUGGACGAGAAAAAUAUGGUUUUAAGGUGAAUCGAUUAAACGCACAUGCCAGUACAACAAAUCGUGAAAAAUUAAAAAAUAAAACAUUUCAAAUGAUUAAACAUAAAAUUCGACGUAAAGCAAAACGUAGUUUUCAACAAAAACAAAUUGCAUUAAGAGAUCAUUUAAAGAAGUUAAUGAAACGUUCACGAUAAUCAAAAAAAAAAGAGAAACAAACACAACAUCUCAUUCUCUCUUGUAUAGUAAAUGAAUUAAUUUAUAUUCUUUUAAUAAAUAAAAGUAAUAUAUAUAUCA